AUGGUUGACCAUCCACCUUCCGGCUUUGUGCGGUCGGGUACUUCAUCGCCUCUUUUCUCUCCUACUCUCCUGGCAAAUAAUGUCACAGGUACUGAUUACACUCUGUCCAUCAGCGGUGGUUCAAUCCUUGCUUCUGGCAUCAUUCUAAACAUCGAUGAAAAACAGACUGAUAUCUUAGAGUUUAUGAACUGGCUCGCCAUCUGCUUCGCCCGGAGCGAAGAUGGACAUUCCACAAAGGAAUCCCUGAUCAAGCUGAUCUGGACCAUGUGGAUAACUUUUUCUCCAUCGCUCGCGACAUUCUCCAUCCAUGCUAUCGUGGAUGCGGUCUGGAUGCGAUUCUUACGGAAAGCGCGUUUGCUACGAUUUACAGCCGUUCUGAACAAGCGUGAAGGCAGUGAAUCGCCCAAACGCAUCAACAGCUUGGCUGUAGUUCUUUCAAAUGGGGACAGCAACGCCAUGCUGAGGGUCGCCUUUGACUUCAUUUCCGAUCUGGAACACGCUACUCUGGCUUCGGAGAGCCAUGAUCUCAAGUUCCGUUACUUCUCCCGAAUGACGUCCCUGUGUUCUGCCCUCAUUAACUCGGAUUUCUUCGACGAUGCUAUUAAUCGAUGUUUGGAUCCAGCUCCUCUACCGCCGUCUGUGGCACGUGUAUCCGUACCACCAUGAUGCGGUCCGUUUCGCAAAAGUAGGGCCAACCCAUUUUCGUUCCCUCUGUGGCGGUCAAGGCACACUGGAAUACGUAUGAGUGGGGCUUAAACUUGGCAUAGUGCCGAAAGUUGUCGACUAUCUCAUGUCCCUGCGAG